GUUGGUGUCUCCCUUGUCACCAUAUUGUGGACAUGGUGGGAUCAUCCUUGUUAGCAUUUGGGGGCCACGGCAGUGCCAUCCUUGUCUGUGGAUGGGGUCUGUGGUGUCACCCUACCCAUGGGGGGGGGCCGUGGUGUCACCAUGGUCCUGGUGACCUUACGGCAGAAUGGGGAUGCAUCAAACCCGGCGUGCCACGGCAUUGCGGGGGUGCUGGAGGCGUAUCAACGCAGCCUGCGCUGUGUCCAGCUCUAUGGCCCCACCAACUUUGCCCCUGUCGUCAACCAUGUUGCCCGCUCAGCGGCCACAGUGCUGGAUGGGUCCCAGUACUUUGUCCUCCUCAUCAUCACUGACGGUGUCAUCUCCGACAUGGCCCAGACCAAGGAGGCCAUUGUCAAUGCUGCCAAAUUGCCCAUGUCCAUCAUCAUCGUGGGGGUUGGCCAGGCCGAGUUUGAUGCCAUGGUGGAGCUGGAUGGGGACGACAUCCGCAUCUCUUCCCGUGGGAAAGUGGCUGAGCGUGAUAUCGUCCAGUUUGUUCCAUUUCGUGACUACAUGUCAGGGGGUCCCGGCGCAGGGCUGAGCAUGGCAGGACUGGCACGGGAAGUCCUAGCUGAGAUUCCUGACCAACUCCUCUCUUACAUGAAGGCACGGGGAAUAAAACCUCCCCCCAUCCCUCCCAUGUCCCCUGAAACCCCCCCACCCUGACUGCCUGCUCCGAACACACCACAUCCCCUCAUCUUACCCCAGGACCUUCUAUCCGGGGACCAAAGGCAGCCAUACUCUGCCAGGGACCUGGGACUGGGGGUUCCUCUCCUCCCUUCCACAACCUUGAGAUCCUUCCCUGAUCUGGGGUCCCCUCCCCAGUCCAGGUUGCCACCACCACACCCAUAAACCAGCUUUUGGGUUUCCCGGGGGAUUUUGGGAUGGUGUUGCCUGAGCAUCCUUGGCCAUGGGAUUCCCCCCUAUACCCAUCCAAGACUGUCUUGCCCCCUAAAUAAAAGGCAAGGAGUCUUUGCCCUCCUGACCAGAAAGCCGGGGUGCACAGGAGCCUCCCCUAAAUGUGGAGUGCCCCCCUAGGGUGAUGCAUGAUCCCUCCUCACUUCAUCAGCCUUCCCAAAUCCAUGGUCCCCCCCAGUUCCUGGGCUGAUCCCAGUAGGGUCCCCAGUGUUUUUGGUGUUUUUUUUGUUCCCCCUUGCCGUGCCGCAUGUGUCCAUGUGGGUCUGUAUUGAAUUGCCUUAAAUCGCAAUAAAUUACUGUGG